AUGGCACCCAAUGUGUUUGGCGAUCCCAUCACCGAUGAAACGUUGAAGGCACUGCCUGAAUAUGCAAACGAGGAAACAAUAACCAGCGAAGACAGGGCACAAGUUGCUCUGAAUCGGAAGCUUCCGAUACCAGGUAUUCCUGUAAAUGUGUUUGGGUAUAUUUAUAAUGCUACUGGACACACCUUAAAAUUAGUUUACGAUCAUGAUUGGUCCGGUCACGUUGUUGAAUCAUUAUCAUACCCUCAAAAGAUUGAAAAUGGGCAGUGGGGAACUUUUUUGCAUAUUGGAGAUUAUGCACCAGGUUUAUUUGUGCGACAAUCAACUGCGGCUGUUGUUUAUUUUGCAAAUAACGGUCGCAUUGGAGGUUUCUGCAAGUGGCUUUUGGCAUGGCACAGUGGAGGGUUUAUUGGUGAAAACAAGGUCUUUGCUGUUUUUGAAGAACCUCAAAGUGUUGAACAUGACUGGGAAGCUAUUCGGGAAAAACUGAAUAAUUCUGGUCAGGAUCAUACCGAGCGCACUCCCUAUGGAUUCAAAGCAACUGUGACAAUUACCCCUGGCAACACCCCCGCAUUAAUUGCGACAAUUACUUUAGACCUGCCGUUGGAAAAUGCAUGA